UCUUUGCUCUUUGUUCUUCUGAUUGUGAAAACUGAUAAGCUCAGUAGAGCUUUGCUGUGGUUCAUGCUUCUUCUCCUCGCCGGUUCGAGUCGCUGAGUCGAAUCGUUCUGAGCCGGAGAAAAUGCUCGACGGACUGCUCGGCCGUGGAUUCGGCGCCAAGUGUAAAUCGCUGAUUAAAUUGACGAAGAGUCGGAUCGAUGUGAUUCGGAGGAAGAGGAACGCGUCGCAGAAGUUUUUGAAGAAAGACAUAGCUGAUCUGCUCGCCAAUGGCCUCGAUAUCAAUGCUUACGGCAGGGCUGAGGGGCUGACAGUGGAGGUGAUACUUUCGUCGUGUUACGAUUUCGUGGAGAGAUGCUGUGAUUUGGUGUUGAAGCAUCUGUCAGUUAUGCAGAAACAAAGGGAAUGCCCUGAGGAAUGUAAGGAAGCUGUUGCAUCACUGAUGGUUGCUGCUGCAAGAUUUUCUGAUUUACCAGAGUUGCGUGACAUUAGGAAACUAUUUCAAGAGAGAUAUGGGAAUUCUCUGGAUUACUGUGUGGAUCAAAAGUUUGUUGAGAACAUAGCUGCAAAGCCUCCCACAUUGGAAAAGAAGGUUCAGUUAAUGAAAGACAUAGCAUUAGAGUUUUCAAUAAAGUGGGACUCCAGUGCCUUUGAGCAAAGGAUGUCCAAACCUCCUGCAUUUGUACAGGACAAGCCAAAAACUUAUGGGUCUUUCCCUGUUGCUGAUGAUAAAGGAAAAUUGUCUAAUGGGAAAGGUGCAGCACCAAAAGGGGAUAGGCAUGAUCAUCUGUCGACAGAAAGGAGACUUGAUCCUAAUGGUGGCCAUAAAUCACAGAACAAGGAGGUUUUUGCCUUGAAGAAGGACGAGCUUGAUGAUCAGACUAGGCAUAGACCUUUAGGUAAAGAAUACAAGUCUCUUAAAGGGCGGGAAGGUAGUCUCAAGGAAAAAGAGGGCCAUGGCAUCUUGUUCCAGGAAAGGCGAGAAGUUGCUCACAAGUAUGAACCAAGAGAGGAUGCUCCCCCAGAACCAGUCAGUGUAGGUAGUUCGUCUAGGGGAAAAGGACUGGAAAGGCAGUAUGAGGCGGACAAUUUUGUUCCUAAACGAGAAGGCCCCAUCACUCCAUCUCAUGUAAAGCCAAAUGUUGCUGAACCACCCGUAAGAAUUGAUGGUAAAUAUUCAUUUGCUGGAAAAGAAGAAGGAACCCCUAAAUUGAAGGCCUUCUCCAACUACCCCUUUCCUCCUCCUUAUGUAAAAUCUAAUGUCAGAGCAAAAGACAGAAAACAUGAAGUCAGUUUGGGUCAUGAUAGUUCUCAAGGUACUGGCAUCUCUAUGGAUCCUUCCGCAUAUAAGAGAGACUUUGCUGAAAAUGUGGUGGAAAAGGUACAACUAGUUCGUGGUCAUGAGAGGCCUGCUACUGCAAAAGUUGAUAGUUAUGAUCAUAAGGAGCAGAUUUGUCAGGAUGAUAUAGCUAUCAACAGUAUACCAAAGUCAAGAUCAUCUAGAAAGAAAUACUCAAGAUCGCGCUCCUCUGCCAAUGAUGCUGGCAACAGUGAAGAUACAGAAGUUGUGAUGAGCAAACCAAGAAGCAGGAGUCGGAGAAGGGAUGAUUCAAGAAGAGGCCUACAGCUGUUGUUUGAUGAUGAUCGCCACCACAGGAAAGACGACGAAGAGAGAAGAAUUGACGAACUGCUGCUUCAUUACAGCACAAAGCCAUCUGACUUUGAGCCAGGACAGUCAAGAAGAAAGUCAAAAAGUCGUCAUGCAAGCAGAGAUGAGCGUGGUGAUACUCAUGUUAGAUCCAAUUCCCUUCCUCAUGAACAUUCAGGUCCAUCAGAGACGCCGAAAGUAUUCGCUCGUGCAUCUUCCUUUCAACCAGAUGGCUCCAACGCUAGACACGUGCAUCCCAAGCUGCCCGACUAUGAGGAUUUAGCUGCCAAGUUUGCAGCCUUAAGAGGAAGGUAAAGAUUUAAGCAAUCGGAAGCUGAAUUUUACAAGCACGAUUGAAAACCACUGCUUCUCAUCCCUGUUCAUUCAAGAACAAAACCACUGCUUCUCAUUGCUACCGAGUUAAAUGGCACACAAGCACCCCGGCACCACAUGGUUGGCCUCUUUACCUCACACUGAAACCCUAGCAAUAAGAGAAUAGUCCUUUAUCUCCUGCAAUUUAUGUACAUUAG